UUUUGAUCGAAAUUCGUGGAGUGCAAAUAGCUAAAGUUUAAGUGAAUCGAAAGGACAAAACAUUUAUUAUCAGUAUCCUUUUAAGGAUAAAAGUUUCGCAGAUUAAAGAAAAAGGAAAACAAACCAAAAAAGUUUUAGAAAACUUUCGAAAAAAAAUUGAGGUGUGAGGUCCUUUGAAGAUCUCAACAAAUCCCAGAAUCGUUGUAGGCAAAUUUUCUGUUGGGAUCAUUGUUGCUAACAUCAACAUCAGCUAUGGAGUUUGAUUAUCUCGAUUUAGAUGAGGGAUCCAACGAAGAGUUUAAACAACAUGUAGGGUCGAAAUCAGAUUCGAACAAAGAUAUAAUCGAGGAUAUAGUUCUCACUGACCUCACAGAACAAAGGCUCAGUUUGCAGGACGUGAGAAAUCAUAUUGAAGUGGAGUUCCAAACUCUGCUGGGCGAUAUCGAUGAAGUAUUUAUUGAAGACCUCUACAUUGAAGUUCUCUCCGAGUUGUGGCUGCAAGAAGCCAAAGAUUUCUUUGCCACCCAUCAGAGUGUGGAUACUGUAGUUCAGACUUUCUUUGCUCAGCAGAACACUUCAAGUCUCAGCGAUGUACCCGAGGUUUUCCGGAACUUUGAUUAUUACAAGCUGCUUAUGAACCACCAAUCUUUGAUCAGCAAAAGAAAUCAGGACACAUUGUUGAAUAAAUUUAAAAUCGAAUGCUGGAAGCAGAUAUUAAACUCCCAAGGAUCUGCUCUGAACAAAUUGAAAUUUCUCAUGGCCUUUGUUGAUCUGCUGAGCUCAACUCCAGAGAUUCAGACCAUUGUAGCCGAUCUGAACUUGGAGAAUUAUUACAAUGGCAAACUGGCCCUUGAAGAUCUACUCAAAACGAUCUUAGCGAUCGAACGAGUAGCGCAUGGCGUUAAUUUGGGGCCCAUACAAGUAGCUGCACAGAACCUGUUGAUGGACCUGAAUGGGUUGGAAGAAAAGGAGAAAGAGGGGGGAUUUACAUUAACCGACAAACUUAGAGAAGUGGUGGCGGUGUAUAUAAAACCUCCGCAGAUAGCAGCGAAGAAACUCGACAAUCGUUGGUGUUUGGAAAUAUGCGCCCAAAAUCUUGCCCUCACCAGCAUUUUGCCUCAGGUGCAAAGGGAACUUCUUGCCAGUUCCAAUAUAGAGGAAGUACGAUUUGUUACCACCGAUCUGUUGGUCAUCGACACUGACCUGAAAAGCGAAUUCUGGCAUGGAAAGAAUAUCGUAAUAUUGACAAACACAUUGCGCAUCUCCGGUCAAGUUGAAUUGAAUGUCUCUGGCCAAAGCAGCAGUCAUUCUUACAAAGACAAUGCGGGUACUUCUGCCGAUGGAAAUGGGCGGCAAGGGAAUGAUGGUUUUGCUGGGGAGAGCGCUGGAAAUGUCUGCAUACUUGCCGAUAAAAUAGAAAAUUUAGAAUUGCUGACCAUUGCUGCCGAUGGCGGAGAUGGAAGCCAAGGUCAAGAUGGUGGAGAUGGAAAAGACGGCGAAGACGGCCACGGACUCAGUAGACGCGAAUUUGAAUCCAAGUUCAACGAUGACUGUGUAACUUUGUUUGCCCUUUUUAACAACUACAAGGCAGAAAAUAAAAGGCAUGUGAAGUCUGAUAUAGCCUGGACACAUCACGAUUGGAGCAAAGAUGGGCAUUUUUUCCUUCAGGGAGAGUCAAAGGAAGGAAUGCUAAUCACCUACAGCUGUGCCUACUAUGUAUUCGAUACGCACACCUAUCUUUUGUAUGUGGGGUCAAUGGCAAAAGCUGGCGGCGAUGGUGGUGCAAAUGGCUUGGGGGGCCAAGGGGGCUUCCCCGGAGAGAUAUCUGUAAGCACGAAAGCCUCUGCCACUGGACAUUCGCUCAGAUUUGAGAAGAGCGCAAGGCAAGGAAAGAAUGGGGAAAACGGCAAAGGAGGUCUGUACGGCAAGAACGGCAAAAAUGGUUGGGACAUAGGCUAUUUGAAUGAGAAGUAUGGGUCUUGGAAGCGCUUUGGCCUGGAUCAAAACACCAAAAUUGCUGUGAACUACUACGAUGAGAAGGUCAAAGAUUCUGUAUGGUGUUGGCAUUAUGAAAAAUAUGUCGGUUUUACUCCCCUGAUCCUUAGGUAUCCACAGAGCCACAAGUUCGGGGAAAGAAGGAAAACCAGAGAGAGCAGUGAGAGAAAGGAGGUGGCGCAGGCGACGCGCAAAAAGGCCAUUUCGCAGAGUAGUGUUAUGACGAUUUACUCUCAAUUUAUGGAAACAUCAAUGAAAAACAAAUGGCAGGAGUUAAGCUUGCAAAUGGAGAAAAGUAGAGAAUUGGCCCGCAACGAUGUUGCAGAACUGGAGCAACGUCUGCAGGCUGACAAACAAACGACGGAGCUUGCCGUACAACAUCAUCUUGACUCGGCUUCUCAGGCUCGGCGCCAAUCUUCCAGGCAAUUCGAUUACAAAGAUAUCUUUAAAGACUCGAGAACGAACGACGAACUCGCUGCCAAAGUGUCAGCUGAGCCUCUAGUAUUAGACAAUUGGCUGGCGCUGAAGGGGAGCAGGAUAAACAGCUCCACAAUGAAGAACUUAUCGGAGAGCUAUGUGAAGCUGCAAAAACAUAUGAAGGAGGACUCCAACAAGGACAACAUAAAAUAUGCAGUUAUUGCCAAAUUAUGGAAUCUCAAGUAUGGACUGGCUUCGCUGGAGCAAAUUGCAAAUCAAUUAUCGCCACAUCCCGUAGUGCCCGCAGGCAGCAACUCAAAUCUGACCCCCGAACAGGCAGCCAGGUAUCUGGUUGAGAACAAAGAUGAAGGCAAAGACAUUGCUCAUCAAGUGCUGGUAACUCUGCAUGAAUACUUCUACGAAAACACUGAAAAGCAGCGUGAGAACAUUGUCAGAUUUUUCCAAGACAUACUACAGCUGGGUGUGAGAGAGAUUGACAAUGACAAGCGCACAAACAGCGAGAAGAAACAGAAGGAGGACAAGAAAGAUAAGGUUAAGGAGGAGCAUCAAUCAUCAGAGAAGCUCACUGACUACAACUACCAAAUCCUAAGAGCUACAGUCAAACGGUUCAUACUGGAGGUGGGCGAUUCACCUCAAGCCCAUCCCAGUAUCAGAAAAAUUUAUGAGGAUUGCAGAGCUUUUGAGGAAAGGCAGUCUCGCACGUUGAAUCUCUACUUUGAAAUAUUUCGCAAUGAGUUAACUAAGCCAAGACACUCUGCCACCUAUGCACUGUGGCGGGCCAGUAAUAAAGACAAAUCACUGCAAAGAAAUCUGGAGGAGACCACUAAGAGAGACCCCUUUUUGUAUAAGCUAUAUGGUCGUUGCAAAGCUCAGCUUGAGUCGGAAUAUGACUGGGCCAGGUGUAUCGUGAACCAAGAUGUUUCCAGUGAACUCAGUGGCUACAUUCUUAAGAAUGGUCCUGCAUCCGCGGCAUGUCGAGAAUUGCUAGCCAUCAUUUUUGGAGUUAACAUUCGUUUGUAUUCCAAAGAUGAAGACUUCAACAUUUACGCAAUAGAUAAUCACAAUCCUGCUUCAACGAAGCCCAUCCAUAUCCUUCAGAAAAAUAGUGAGGAAUUCGUACAACUGGCCAUUGACGAGGAUUUCUGGUUGGUUGAAGAGAAACACCAACUUAAUGCUCGCAAAUACGGGGAAAUAUUGGACAACUUCCCACUGCCAGGUGAUCGUUUUGAUGAGGACAAAGACAUACAAGAGCUACUGGAAUACUUGCCAGUGGGAGAGAGAAUUGAGUUGAGCACACGUCUAGCAAAAAUUACAUCACAGUUUGUGCAACAGCCAGGAAUCUUGCUGGGAAUUUUAAGGCGAUUCAGAUCAGAGGGCCGCCACAUAUCCUUGCAGGAGUUGUGCCUUCUCAUAAACUCCGUUGUGGGGGCCAGCAUUGAAGAUGCGGGUCUGGGUCAAAACACCUUCCUGUGGCUUGUCAGUGCAUAUCCGCAAACUUGUUGGAUCGAUGAACUGCUUUUGCUGCAAAUGGAGAACUACUUUCGAAAGUCCCUUCCACGGAAGGUGCAGUGGAGGGAAUUGCUGAGCAAAAUCGAGAAUGUCAACGUUCUGUUGCUACUGCACCAAAAACUGCAAGACCCCCGAAAUGAUAGCUCCGUUACUUUGGAGACCAUAGAAGAGAUUCUCUUUAUAUUGAGCAACAUUCCCAAAGAAGUCAAAAUUAACUACGAGGAGUUACAAUUGCCCGAAUGGCCAUAUGCACUGAAGGACCAUUAUUGGAGCAGCAAAUUGCAGAAGUUAGGGAAGUUAAACAAUGGCGACCUGGCAACAGCAUCCUAUUAUCUGCUGUCAGCUGAAUACACCUUUGGCACUAGUCUAGUGGAAACAUUUAUCGAGAAACUGCAGCAAAAGACAUCAGAUCUGCUGACUGCUGAUGUGCUCAUCGAUAUAUUGUCGAACUUCCAUAACCAAGAGUGGGCGCUGAGUGACGCUGUGAUCGGCAGACUGGACUCCCUCGAUAUUACACAAUGGCAGUUGGAGAUGCGUCAAAAAUUCUCAGCUAUUGGCAAGGAUCGCAACAUAACGCAGCUAGUCGAGGUAAUCAAGGGCAAUGGCAACACCUCCAAGAGUAUUUCCGAUAAUCUGGCUACCAUAAAGGAGCAAGUCAAGAAGAUUUCCGGUCCGAGCUACACCAUCAAUGGCAAGGCGGUGGCAGCGUUUACCGAGAAUGAUAUCAAAAACUGGAGAAAGGAGUUCAGAGGUGGCGUGGAAAAGUAUGAGGAAAUAUUUGCCGUGAUCAAUAGAGCGAUCAAGCUAAAGAAUGGUUGGGAACUUCGCGAUACCCAAAAGUUAACCACUUUUCUGUUACUGGCCAAUAAGCGAAAUAUUUUGGCCCAGGUGGCCACAGGCGAGGGCAAGUCAAUAGUGGUUGUGGCCUUGGCCAUCAUGAAAGUUCUGUGUGGCCAGAAGGUGGAUGUUGUGACUAGCUCCUCGGUGUUAGCCAAGCGCGAUGCAGAAGAAAACAUCGCCAUUUACAAAAUGUUCGAUGUCAGCGUAUCCCAUAAUUGUAGCGAGGAAAUGGACAAACGAAAGGCUGCAUAUUCCGGCAAUCAGGUCGUGUAUGGAGACUUGUCCAAUUUUCAGCGAGAUUAUCUGCUGCAUACCUUCUAUGGGAAAAAUAUGCUCGGAGAUCGUCGUUUUCAGAAUAUAAUCGUCGAUGAAGUGGACAGCAUGUUGCUGGACAAGGGCAAUAACACGCUUUACCUCUCUCAUGAAAUCGCCGGCCUGGACAAAUUGGAGUCUCUGUACAUUUUCAUUUGGCAGUGGAUUAACAAACCCACCAAGGAGUUCGAAGACUUCGUAGCUCUAAUGGAUACCGCUACCAUUAAAGAAGCCGUUCUCCACGACCUGUAUGGCCUUAUGAAGAGAGAUGAUAUGGACCUGUUGGGUCCCACUUUGAGUGGGGAGCAAAAAGACCUCAUCUACGAACGUUUGAUCGAAGCCUCGCUCAUCGACAAUCGAGGAUUCCUCUUGAAACAAAGCAUCGAUGACAGCAACCUGCUCAACAGAGUACUGCAGCCGGAGUUCCAGCAAUACCAGAGCCGACUAAGUCACCUCUUCCAGCAGUUGUUCCGUAGGGACAGGCAUAUAAACGUGCCCAAGCACUUGGCCGGUUUCAUUGAGCAGCAUUUGGAUUCCUGGAUAGAGAAUGCAAAAAUAGCAUUUAGCAUGGAAGCGGGCACUGAUUAUGUGGUGGAUGUUGAUCGAACUGGCACCAGUGCGGACCGCAAUCCCAAUAUCACAAUCAUAGACAGAGACACGGGUACGGAUCUCAACAACUCGCAAUGGGAUAACGCUCUGCACCAAUUCCUGCAACUAAAGCAUGGCUGCAAACUGUCGCUGCAGAGUUUGAAGGCCGUUUUUGUGUCGAGCGUCUCCUACUUCAAGUUGUACCAAACGUUGUAUGGGCUCACGGGAACGCUCGGUUCUCAGAGGGAGAAGGAUUUGCUGCAGGAUUUGUACAAGGUGGAUUUCGUUACUUUGCCCACUUCCAAGUCGAAGCAGUUUACAGAGUACAGACCCAAAAUUUGCGUUAACAAACGCGAUUGGGUCGAACAGGUGCAACAGUCGGCACAAAGUUUGCUCGACAAAAGGUCUGUUCUGGUUAUUUGUGAAUCAGUGAAUGAUGUAAAGACUCUGAUCCAGGCGUUCGGUGGCAGAGACGCCAAAAACGUCCACUCGUAUACCAGAGACUAUGAAGCCUUCGAUCUGGCAAAGGGCAAUGCAAAAUUGGAAAAAGGUCAUGUUAUUAUUGCCACAAACCUGGCGGGACGAGGGACGGAUAUUAAAAUCACCAAAGAACUGGAGGCGGCCGGAGGCCUUCAUGUGUGCCUUACCUAUUUGCCCAACAACAUUCGGAUCGAACAACAAGCUUUUGGGCGAGCAGCGCGCAAGGGUGAGAAGGGCACAGGCCAGUUAGUCGUGGUGGACACAAAGGGGCACGCAAACACCAGCCAUGCUACCAUUUUCGAUCUUCGCCGAGAAGCCAACUCUGAUGAAAUACACCGACUGUCGUCCAUCAAGGCCUAUUACGCAACUCAAAUAAUCGUCGAGGAGGAAUGUUUCAAGGCCUUUAGAAAUCAGUACGAAGAACUUAAGGCCAGCCUGAAUGAUGCGAAGUUCGCAGUUGACGCCGCAAAUAUUCUGUUGCACAGCUGCCUGGACAAGUGGGCCUUUUGGUUGAACGAAAACGUGGAAAAUAUUAAGAAACAAAAAGAUUUUGAUAAUAAAAGUCGCCUGAAGGACUUGCUCGAGAAAUUUGUCUCCGAUCUGAAAAAGCUCAAUUUGGACGAUGUCAGUGCUUGGGUCGAGGGAAACUCAGCUGCAAUGAUUAAACUCGGCCGGCAAUUGGCUCUGGGUGACGGUAGGGAUAGACAAAAUGCCAAAGUCCUAUUUGACAAGGUUAUCAGCAAGGACCCUGAAUAUUCUGAGGCUGCCCAUUAUUACAAGGCAUAUGUGAUCUCCAAAGAACAAGGCUGGCCACACAAACAUGAUGUAGUGCAAGCAUACCGAAACGAGUUGCAGGAAGCUGUGCGCCUUUUCAACAAACGCCAGGAUUCGGUUGUGCUGGCUUCUGGAAUUAUUGAAAAGGUCAAAACAAACAAGCGCGAGAGCAUCAUCCAAAUCGAUGGCUAUGAACAACAGCAAAAAAGUUUCGGGGAGUUGUACCGUUUAUUCUCUCAAUCCGUGGACGAUAUAGUGGGAGUGGUGGUAUCGCCCACAUGGUUUUCCAAUAGGGAUAUCGAUGAGGAACUGUCAGGAAAUCUUUACGAAGGUCUCAUCCAAGAAGGUGUUCUGAAAAAGCCUCAAGUCGUGCCAAAUAUUCCUCAAGAUAAACUUCAAGCCAUUUGCUCCGAUUACGGAAUUUCAGUCGAACCUUUGAAGAAACUCCUGACUACCCUUAAAGGACAAAGUCUGGAGGAACAGGAGUUACUCAGGUCGCUGACAACAGCAGUGCCUAUGCCAAACCGAGAAUCUUUCUGGGAGGAGAUGAUUAAGCUGGAGAUUCUAAGCGAAGACCAAUACUUCGUUAUGGUUGACAAAGGAAAGCUUAGGGAGUGGGAUGAGGAACUGGCCGAUGAUCUGCUCGAGAAAGUCGACGACAAUAUACUGACUAGGUUAGAUAUUGAAGUAGACAAUAAAGAUCUUAUUUUUCUUAAAUCGGAGCCACUGGUGGAGGGUGAAGAUGGUACGAGGAAGAAUAUGCACUUUUUCGAUCAGCAGAAAUUCGUAGACGAAAUGGGCGAGCGGGUUUUCAAAAGAAUGAAGAAAAUGGCAGCGGUCUUCACCAAUCGACAAGCGCGUCUGGACCCAAGCAAAACUGAUUCAGCUAAGUUUUCCAAUUAUGAUUCCAUCUCAGCGAAAGAUUUUGCCAUGGUGGGCAUUGCGGGAAAGGAUGUUGAAGUUAUUUUGCAGGAGCUUGAGCAAUGCAAAUAUAUCCAAAAGAAUGGAGACUCUAAGUCCGACACCUAUAGGCUGCUAAUUGAUUUCGAUGAAAUCGAGGAUAUUGAACUACAACCUUGUCCAGUCUAUGAGAUGUCUGUAAAGGCCCUUUUGAAUUCGUGCUUUGCCUACCGAAUAGCUCUUCAGAAAAUUUUAAGGCAAAUAGAGGAGCAGAACUUUCCCUUGAGUCUUCGCUUAAUGGCGUCACCUCAUGAAAUGUUAUUCGCAGACCUGUUGGAGCAAAAAGUUAUAAAGGAGUUCACUUUAACCUGUUCGGAGGACAAAGUUAAGGAGGCUUUGAAAAAAGUGCUAUCGCAAAACAAUGUGGAAUGGGAGGAAGGUGUCUUCAGCAUGCAUUCCAAGGACCUGUUUGACACCAAAGGCAAACUACUGACUCUGGAGACACCGGACCCAAAGUUCGCGGAUCUGAUGGAGGUUAGUGGUGAAUGCAAUUUUGGCAACAUCGAAGAAGUGCAGAUUUUUUUCCUUAAUGGUUUGGAUAAAUUGCUGCAAGUGGAGGAGAAGAAAUGGUCGAUGAAAAUGAUUUUGAACACCAUUCUUGUAAUUGCCCUGGGAGUUGCCCAGAUAGCCAUAGGCACUGCCAUUGAGCUUUUUUCGGCCGGCGCCUUGACUGGUGUUGCCAGUGCGUUCGUCAACGAGGGAAUAGGCGAUCUCAUCUUCGCGGUUGGUGUUAUGUGCACUGGCUAUUUCAGUUGGAAAGAUUAUGCGGCACAUAAAAUUCAGAGUUUGAUCAUAACUGCCGCAACGGCCGGUGUGGGAGCUUUGCUUAACAGACUCCGCAGUGUGGCCCGUUUUGGCCAUAAAUUGGCUGGCCCCGUGUUUGGUGCCAGUAGUGGAGCUAAAGCCAUUGGCUUGCAGCUGGCAGCCAGAGAAAUUGCUAAGCGGACGGUUAUGCAAACCGUAAAGACCAUUUCCUUCACGCUGGCCAACAAAGCGGUAGACUAUGCCAUUGAGAAUACAACCAAAUCACUUUGCUCCAGCAUUUCAGUGGCCAUAGUUUCGAGUGUUUACGACAAAGUACGCAGACAUCCGAUAUCCCACAACUUGGAGAGGGCGUAUCGAGUCCUGGGCGUAGAACGCGCUGCAAACCUUGUCGACCAAUUGAGCGAGAACUUUAUUUCAGUCAAACUCCUGACCCCGCUUUUUGAGGGCAUUUUGAAAGAAGUAACCACAUUUGCAUCUGAAGAAAUCAAUAGGCUCGCAAAGGAAAUAUCCAAUCCAGCUCUUCGAUUUAUUGCCAAGGCUGUGGCCAAGGGCAUCACCUGGACGAAGAAAAUAUUCCACAUUGAGGAAAUAGUCAAUUUAACCUCCCGCUAUCUGGAAAGCUUGAACACGAAGCUAGCCAAAAACGUAGACGAUGCCCUCAAGAGACACAAGGAGAAGGAAAAUGUCGACGAAAAGGCUUUGGCGGACUGGAAGAGAGAUCAAGUUAACAAGUUUGCCAAAAAACUAAAGGAAGAAAUGGAGAAUCUGGUCCAGGAAUACAUUAUAACGCCCAUACUUGAGAAGGGCAAAGACCUGGCAAAGAAUAUUGGGAAAAACAUUAAGAGGCGCUUCAAUCGAAAGGAGCACGGAUAUCGCGAUCACUUUGACAAACUCAAAGAACAACAUCGUAAGGAAAUGCAGGACUCCCAGGACAAUGACAAUAGCCAUGCUUCCACACCGGAAAGUCAUAUUACCGACAAAUACCACAAAGAAUUGCAAAAGCUGUUGGCCAAGACCAAAGAUCCAGACCUCUUUGCCGAGAUAAUGCGCGAAAAUGUACCUCUGAAUGUGGCUAGUGUGGGGCCAUGCACCAAGGUAAUUCACAAACUUUUGAAGGAGAACAGCGUCAAAGGAGGCCUAACGAUUCAUGUUGAGAACGAGGAGGGCAUUACUCAAACCUUUUCCUAUGGCCGCAAUGGAACUGUGGUGCGCCUCAAAGUCAAGGACAAUAACUUCCAGCUCACAGACAGUGAUGAUAGUGAGGGUAGUAGCAGCAACAGCACUUCAAAGGAGUCAUUGUACGAGGCCCUUAAGAAAGCUGUUCCUGAACUGAAAAAUGUCUCAGCAAAAGAUUUUCGCCAAAGAGCAGCCGAUAUCAUCGACCAGGACGAGGACAUACAGAAGUACAUACGCAAACGUUGGAUUCCAGAGAGGCCCAAAAAGAAGGUAGUAUCCACUGCAUUACCCAAACCCGUUGACAGUAUCAGUCAAAAAAUUGCAAUGGGUCGAAGAAAGUCUGCGCCGCCUGACUCACCGAGUGCUUCUACGACGAAAUCCCACAAAUUGCAUGCACUCGUAGAUACACAGGAAAGUGCCCCCUCAAGACGUACAAAGCUGGUGGAGCGAAUCGAUUUGAAGAGAAGUUUUACCACAGAUUCCAUUGAUGUCGUAAAGAAGAUUCGAAGCGAUUUUGAGACAGCUCUAGAUAGCACACUUAAGAAGAAGCAUUUGAAGGUCGGCGAAAAAUUUGAUCUAGAAAAGACUAAGAAGAAUCUCCAUAAGAUGUCAGUACCAGAAUUGGUGGGCAAAGCCAGAGAACACUAUAGCCGACAUAGUGAUAAUGAAAUAUUUUAAGACAUGACCUAUGUUAUUAAGUGAAACGCAAAAGCCAGCAAUAAAUAGAGAGGGGAA